AUGUCUUUAUACUUCACAUUGAAGUUUGUUUUUGUUUGUUUAUGUAUUGGUAAAACUUUAAGUGAAGUAUGCAUGAAAUCAAAGAUUAAAAGCGAUUUUAAAGGCGAAUUUACAAUACCAGCUUUAUUUCCUUUAAGAUGUUCUUCAACAGAGAAUAUAGAUAUGAGAACUGUUGCAUGGAUUGAAGCUUUGAAAUAUACUGUUGAAGAAGAGAAUAAAAAGCAAAACAAGAGGUUAUUUGAUUAUGUCAUUUACGAUACUUAUGAUUCCACAAACUUUGACAAGACCUCGUUUGCUAUUUUAGACACAUUAAGCUUUAGCUCUAGCAAUAAAAUAGAAAGCUGUGCAUGCAACAACUACGUACAACAAAACAAUUUAUUAGGGUUUAUUGGUCCAUCAGAAUCAGCAAAUUGUUUAUACGCACUUGCACUAACACUACCUUAUACCAACUUUCCGAUCAUUAGUUAUUCCGCAACAAGCGUGGAUUUAGAUAACAGAAUUUUAUAUCCAAAUUUUUUUCGAACGGUUCCCCCUGAUAACUACCAAGUAUUAUUUAUCAGAGACAUUUUGAAAAACUAUCAUUGGACAUUUGUUGCCGUGAUAGCGAUUGAUACCUCGUACGGCAGAGCAGGAAUUGAACAACUUAUUAAAGUGAUUGAAAAUGAUACGUCCGAAGAAAAAGUUUGCUUAGCUUUUACGGCAUUACUACCGCAAGUUUAUGAUCAAAGUAAAUAUUCAAAUGUAGUAGAAAAGUUAGUUAAAGAAAGUUCAGCCAAAGUCAUUGUCGUUAUUGGAACAUUUAAUCUCGUACAAAAUUUAAUAAUCGAAUCAGAUAGUAAAAAUUUAUCAAAUCGAAUUUAUCUUUUAAGUGAAGCUACUGGUAAAAACAAUUGGUUUUUUAAGUAUAGCAACAUAUUUCACAAUAUUUUCCUGUUUAUUGUUCAGACUGAGGGGGAAGACGAUUUAUUUAAAAACUACUUUUUUGGUUUGACUUAUCAAAAUGCAAGUCCAUGGUUAAAAGCAGUUUUUGAAAAACUUGGAGUUACUGAGAGUUCAAAUACAACAAACGACAUAUCGCAAGUUUUUGACCUUAGUCUGGUUUCAUUUGUUCAGGACUCAGUUAAGGUUUUAAUUGAAGCAUUUUAUUUAUAUCAGAAAUUGCAUUAUCCAAACAAGAUUAAAGAAAUUUACAAUAGAACUUUGUUUAACGAACAAAUUAAAAAUGUUAGUUUCCCUAUAUUGAAUAAUUCUAAAACAUUUAGUUUUGAUUUAAAUCAAAACCCUAAAUCAGCUUAUUUUGAACUUUAUACCUUGAGUAAAUCUGCGUUUUCAAAAAUUGCAUUUUGGUCAAAUAACUUGAAAUUAACGCAUUUUGAUGAAAGCGUAGAACUACAUUCUAUAAAAUCCACAUGUUCGACACCUUGUAGUUCAGGUAAAAUGAAACUGGUCAGUCCACUAAAUAAAUGCUGUUGGACGUGCAUUUCGUGCCCAGAAAACUCAAUAACAAAAUCGCCAAAUGAUGAAAAUUGUACAAUUUGUAAUGAGUUAUUUGAUUUUUACCCAAAUAAAAAUAAAAAUCACAUGCAGAAUUUUCAAUUAAGAAUUGUAUAUUUAGUUACAAAUAAGUAUAAAAAUAAAAAUAGGUUAGUAGGUUGCCCCCAAAAAAGAAGGACUGUAGAGGAAAAAAGAGACUUUAUACGAAUGAUGAUCCCAGUUCAUUAG